GAUGACAGCAGCUGCACACUGCCACUGACAGCUCACCAGGCAGCACAGAUCGAGAGCACCCAGAACCCACCCAGAGGACCUUAACAGACCAAAAUCUCAUCCAGAGACCCUUACCUGUAUUCAGCCAUCACCAAGAGACACUCACCUGUACUCAUCCAUAGACCCUCACCUGUACUUAGCACUUCCAGAGGCCCUCACCUGCACUCAGCACUUACCCAGAGACCCUCACCUGUACUCAGCACUUCCAGAGGCCCUCACCUGCACUCAGCACUCACCCAGAGACCCUCACCUGUACUCAGCACUUCCAGAGGCCCUCACCUGCACUCAGCACUCACCCAGAGACCCUCACCUGUACUCAGCACUUCCAGAGGCCCUCACCUGCACUCAGCACCCAUCCUGAGACACUAACCUGCACUCAACACUCACAUUUACCUCAGGUAAACCCAGCACUGAUACAGCACUGAAACACCUCACAUGCACUUUAUACAAUUUCUUAACCAGACUGGCACUUCCGUUGCUCACCUCACUUAAUCCCAGCUCACCUUUGAACCCCUUAUACUCAAUACAUAGACAGGUCAGAAGAUCUGAACUUCAUACAUAUACCUGGGUCACCUGGUGCACCUCUCCCUGCUCAUCUGACAAUUUUCUAAGUCUCCUGUGGUCCCCACACUGCACAAAUGUCUUAUCACUCUUCCUCUAACUCUCCCUCCUGGAGGGGUAGUGCUUCCAGCCAAACAGGGACCCCUGAGUACAGGAUGUCCACCUCCCGCCUACAGUCGCUGCGCUCUGGAAUGGACCUUUCCACGCUCCGCGUGGGCCUGGACAGUGCGCUCCCCGCGGUGCGCUCGGGGUUUGAUUCCCUGCUGCAGAAUAACCACCAAGAGGCUAUGCAGGGGCUGAAUGAGAGACUGGCGGGGUAUCUGCAAAAGGUCCGGGGGCUAGAGGAGGCCAACAUGAAGCUCCAGGAGGAGAUAGAUGACAUCAAGUCCAAGAAGAUCCCUGGAUCCAGAGACUGGGACUCCUAUCAAUCUCCCUUGCAGGACAUGCGCAAGCAGGUGGGAUCCACAGCAGGUACCUGGAGGGUGCGGGGCACACUAAUUCUGUUUCAGUCUGUCACUCCUGCUGCUGGGGACUGCAACUCUCACCAUGCACAACCUUGAUGGGAAUUACAGUUCACAGUAAUUGUUGUGAGUGAGGAGCCUGACUCAUCCCUGGGACCAAUAUUUACUACAAACAGUUACACUGCUGUGUGAGAGACAGAAAGACAGACAGAGAUAGACGUGGGCGCACACACACACACAAAGAGAAAGAGACACACACACAUAAACUGAGAGAAAGACAAAGAGAGAGAGAGAAAUAGACACAGAGAAAGAGAGACACACACAGAGAAAGAGAGACAAAGAGAGAUACACACACACUGAGAGACAGUGAAAGAGACAGAAACUUAUACAGACAAAGUGAGACAGAGAGAAACACACAGAGAAUGAGAAACAGUGAGAGAGACACACACACAUACAUUGUGAGACAGAGAAAAAGGGACACAUACAGAGAGACAGAAAAAGUGAGACAGAGAGAGAUACACGCACACACACACACACACACACACACACACACAGACAGAGACGGAGAGAAAGAGAAAGUUUGACAGCAAAGAUAAUCAUGUUAAUCAUUCACACAUCAUGUCCCUCUUUAUGAGAUGGUUAUAUCAGGGGCCUAACUGUGCAUCAUGCUGGACAAUGACUCAAAAUACUAUCUGUGCUAGGUGUGUAUCUCAUGGGGAGCUUGUCAUGAUGUCAGAGUACAAAUCCAGAACCUUAUGGUAAAAUAAUAAUGGUGAUAAUAAUAAUAAUAAUAAGAUAAUGGUGAUAACAGGGGUACUCGCUGAAUGAAAGGCUGAGAACAUGGCUCAAAUUAAAAUCUGUUCUCUGGUUUAAUUUGGAAAAUUAAACAGCUAUAUAGUGGGAUUUCAAUUACACCACCUCCAAACUGAGUUGGUCACAAGUGGAGCCCAUAGAACAUCCUGGAUCCUUGGCCAACGUUUCUUCCUUUGAGUAGGAUCACUUUCAAAUCUUUUUAAUUCUUUAGACUCGUCAGACCAACAAUUCCUGAAAUUGGGCUAUGUGCGGACGUUUUGUAUUAACCGAUCAGGGUUCUGUGGGGUCCCUCCACAAGUUGGCCCUGAAAGUAUUUCUGAUAAGAAGAUGUGAAUAUUUUUGGCCCAUUUUAUCGUCUCCAGUUGGUCUUCUUGGUAUUGACUCUGUAACUCACCUGUCUCAGGGUCUUGGUGUACCCAUCUGGUUCUGUCACUGGAUCUUUGUCAGCCAUAUCUUUCAAUGCCAGAGUAAUUCGUUUUAAAGAAAGAAAUGCUGGCUCCAUCUGACCCUUUACCUCUUUGCAUUCCUUUAGACCAUUCACUUGUUGAUAACAUUUGGUGGUGUCCCCCCUAGUUAUUCUCACUGAAUCCUGGUUUGCUUUCCGUGUUCAGGGUGUCUAUGUCAAAGUUUCUGAUCACAUGUGUGUCCCUAUGUUCCUUACCAGAAUUCUGAUAUCACUGUAUCUCCCUUGUUGAUCUGAAUUUUACAGUGAGUCCCCUCGUUUCUGUCUUUAAUUUUAUCUGUGAAUCUUGGCAUGUCUCCUUCCUGUCUCUGAAUCAUGGCAUAUCCCUUCUUCCUGUCUCUGAAUCUUGGCAUGUCCCUUCUUCCUGUCUCUGAAUCUUGGCAUGUCCCCUCUUCCUGUCUCUGAAUCUUGGCAUGUCCCCUCUUCCUGUCUCUGAAUCUUGGCAUGUCCCCUCUUCCUGUCUCUGAAUCUUGGCAUAUCUCCUCUUUCUGUUUUUCAAUCUUGGCAUUCCCCCUUCUUCCUGUCUCUGAAUCUUGGCAUAUCCCCUUCUACUUGUCUCUGAAUCUUGGCAUGUCUUAUUCUUCUUGUCUGUGAAUCUUAGCAUGCCCCUUCUUCCUGUCUCUGAAUCUUGGCAUGUCUUAUUCUUCCUGUCUCUGAAUCUUGGCAUGUCCCCCUUCUACUUGUCUAUAAAUCUUGGCGUGUCUUAUUCUUCCUGUCUCUGAAUCUUGGCAUGUCCCCUUCUACUUGUCUCUGAAUCUUGGCAUAUCCCCUUCUGCUUGUCUCUAAAUCUUGGCAUGUCUCAUUCUUAUUGUCUCUGAAUCUUGGCAUGUACCUUCUUCCUCUUUUUGAAUCUUGAUGUGGCUCCUUCUACUUGUAUCUUAAUCAGAGAAGGAUUAAGAUUAAGGAUUAAGGGCCCUAGGUUGGUGACUGGUUUGGGCCCCUCUUUAUUCCUUACACAUAGAUGGUGAAUGGGGCCAGUCAAAUUAAUGGUUCCAGGGAGCCUGUCUAACUCAUGGGCCCUGGGCGACCGCCUACCUUAUGGUUAAUGCUGCUUUGAUCUGAAACUUUAAAUGUCUCUCCUGUUCCUGUCUCUGAGACUUUAAAUGUCUCUCUUGUUCCUGUCUCGGAAUGUCAGUGUUUUUAGGAAUUUUCAAUGUUCUCCAUUGACCUGCCUGUGGAUCUCACUCACAGACAGUAGCAAACAGAGCUGUAGUGCCUGGACACAAUCUAAAAGAUUUGUGUCCAAGAUUCAAUCCCUCUACAUUGAAUUACCCAAAAAAAAAAAGGCAAGUGUCAGGACCUGGGAGUCAAAUCUCUGUCCUCGUAGAGCUGUGACAUUAUUUACAUUUUAUUUGCCUGUUACUAGAAAUAUUCUGUGACACUUCCUGUGACUCAAUAACAAGAAAUAGUGUAAAUAUAAUAUAAUCGGUCGCGCUGUAAGUAGUCUGUCACAUUGUAUAUAUUUUGUCACAUUCCAUAGUUUGUCACACUCCAUAUAGACCGUCACACUAUAAACAGUCUGUCACAUUGUAGUUAAUUUGUCACACUCCAUAUAGACUGUCACACUGUAUAGAUAGUCUAAACUGACCGCGUCCAUCUUGGCUUCCUGUCAAUCACUGCUAUUACUCUGUCCUUUGCCCCUGUCAAUCAACAUAUAGAGGACCCCGGAUGAGAAACGGAUACAUUGUUUCAGUUACUUCUUUCCUAAUGCAAUGUGUGCCAAGCAGUGCCAGGACUGAACUGGAUUGUGACAUCAAUUACUAAAUCUUUAGUAUACAUUUAAAACAAAAUGUUAACACAAGUUAUGUGUCAUUUUCAAAGUUUUAUUUAAUUGUAUAACUUCCAGGGACGCUUCUGUUCCCCUUUAACUUUUUGGAUGCCUAAGGUUAAAGUCACAAAGGUUAAUUUACUUCUGCUGACAGCCAGUUAACCUGGUGACUUGUCCAUCUUGUUAGGUGAGAGUAUCUCUCACAGGUCCAUGUGAUGCAUGCUGGAAUACGUGAUGAGAAGCAUGCAGUGAGGGAUAAGGUGUAUCAGAGGGGCUUACUUGCUAAACUGGAAAUUAUGGAGAAUUGCUAAGGGAUGCACAAUGUUUCGACCAAAAUAGCUGAAUUUAAAAUAUUCUUUUUCUCAGAUAAUUUUUCCAAGUCUGUUACGUUGGUCUGAAAUGUUUAAUUCCCCAUUUAAAGCUUUAAUUAUUUAAAUGCUGCUCGCUGGACUCACAUACACGUAAGUUGUUUCAUUCAUUAAUUUACAGGUUAUAUUUUCAUUUUUUUUUCUCUUUAAAAGAUUGAAGAUUUAAACAUGGACAACGCCAAACUCCUCCUACAAAUUGAUAACGCGCGUUUGGCAGCAGACGACUUUAAAGUCAAGUAGGUUUCCAGUUUAUAACCACAUUUAUUUUCUAUUAAACACUAGACAUGCAUGUACGUCCUGGCAUAUUGUUUCUGCACUAGAGAUUAGUUUGUUUGUUGUUUUAUGCUGGUGUUGUUUUACAUUAUAAAGAGUAUAUUAUAUUUAUUAUUUUAAAGGUUAAUUAUUUCCACGUUCUAAUUUGGAUAACGUCAAAGAGAAUUAUGGGAAAUGUAGAAACAGAACACCUGGAAUGAAGCAUUAUCAUUUAGACAGAGAAUGGUCAUUCCUGAAAUAUGAAAUGUUUUAUAUUAAGUGAAUGUGGGGUAACAUUAGUGCGACUUUAUUAUCCUGUUGGUACCUUUAGCUAUUUUUCUUGCUUCACUCUGUAUGUUUGUUCAGUUCGAAGCAAACAGUUGGCUGUGUUUACUAGAACAGGUGGAAUUGUUUUACAAUUUAUGGUUUUCAGACACUGUAGUCACAUGCUCUGUUUUUUAUUUUGUUUACAUCAAAGAUAUCUGGGAUACCAUUCGCCCUCCGUACCGUAUUCACUAAGAGAGAUGGCAGAGGCUCGGGGGGAAUGGGAAGAUUUUCAGAAUUUUUUAUUUCAUUAUGUGAAUAUAGUAUGAGUUGCAGACAUUAAAAAUAUAAAUGUUUUCACUUGUUGAUCUGGGAAAGUAGAACAAUGUGCUUUUAAAUGCGUUAAGUCCACUCCUUCUCUGAGUUCUUAUUAUUCAGCCAUACCUCCCCCAUAUUGUUUGAAUUCAGCAGUUAGCACAGAGAAGUCGAGGUACCCAAUGAACCAAUGGUAGAGCGUGAAGAAGAAUCUCAAGGUGGAGAUAGUAGCUAUUUAGUAUAAGCAGACUGAACUCAAUGUACACUUUACACUUAGUUUGUUCACUAUUACUUAACAAAAAGCUUUUUUCAAAGAAUCAUCCUUGCUGGAUGCAUUAAAGCGUGCUAAAUGCAUUAAAAUAAUUUCAUGGCGAAUUAAAGGACUGUCAGCAGACAGGUACGGAGCGCCCCAAGAACAUUGUUUAUUGCCAAGUUAAUAUGAGCACUGUGUCUUCUUAUUAGCUGGCAAGGAGCCUGGAUCCUCUGUCGGCAAUGGUGGCCAGAAUAUUGUUUGUUUUACAUGUGCCUGCAGGCUGGAGACAGAACAAGCAAUCUGUGAUGGCGUGCACAAGGACACGCAAGGGCUGCGCAAGUUAAUCGAUGACACCAACUUCCUACGGAUGAAACUGGAGUCUGAGGUGGAGAACCUCAGAGAAGAAUUAGCCCACCUUCACAAGAGCCACAAAGAGGUAAGGAGGGCCAUUUGAGGACAUUCUGUGAUUCAGAGAGUCUGACUCUUUCUGUCUCGCAUGGUUAAUCACUCUGCUCUGAAUUGUAGCAAAUUAAAAAGUGAAUUUCAAAAUUCAGGAUACAAUGGCUAAGCUGUGAUGAUGACGGAGUAGGAGAAUUUCUAUAAAAUUCAGCAAAAUUAGCCUGAAUUUUUCUAUUCACAUUUCAAUUCAGAAUUUGAUGAAUAACUCUGUGAGUCUUUGUAUUCAAAAAUUGUCUACUCUGUGAGUCUGUUAAUGCUCGUUUAUCCCCCCACCUAAUCCUCUUUUUAUGUUUUAUCAAUUCAAAUAGAAAUCACCAACAAUAAAAGUUAGGGAAGAACAUAUGAACAUUACGUCUAUUAUAAAGUACGAUAUGUUUUUAUAGAAGAUGGGUGACAAGGUUUCAUGAUAGAGUUCUUUAAUCCCAGGCUGCAAUGUCAAGUCUCAAGUGUUUCAUUUAUGUUGUUGUUGAUUUUUCAUGGUUUCAUUAAUUUUUUAUUUGAUUUUUAAUUUUCAAAAAAAAAUAUUUUUUUGACAUGUGUGUGUGUGAAGCAGAGUUCGGAAGGGGGUUCUUAACCUUCUUUUGUCAGAGACCCAGAUACUAUUCAUUAAUGUGGUGACCCUUUGUUCAUCUAGACUAGAACAUUUUCAGGAACCCAUUCUUCUUCUUCUCUUCCCCUUACGUUGUCACGUGCUACAACUCUUUGGUGAAAAACAAAUGUAAAUGAAAUAUAAAUAUUCCUUUAUGGGCAAACUAAGAUUGUCCAGGAUUUUCACUAUUAUGUUCACUUAUCCCUAUAUUUAAUGAAUAUGUGUUAGGAAGGUUAAAAAAGAAAUAAAAUUUAGAAGUUCACCCUCUUUAUCCUGCAACUGUGUCCCUCCAUCUUGGCUCAAAGUCAAUCAUUAUUAUAAGCUCUGCCUUUGCACAUGGCAGUCAGCAUAAAGAGAGCGUACGGAGAGUAUGAUAAAUAAAAAUGUGGGAUAAAAUACUAAACGUGGGACAAUCACCAUGGAAACCAGCAGGGACAUGUCCUUGGUGAAUAUUCUCUCUUACAUUUUGGGCAUUAAUAUUAGAACUGAAUACAUUGGUAUAUCUCCCCCAUUACCCCAAUAUGUUCUCAUCCUCAUUUGCAAUGGGUGUCCUGGCUGUCCCUGAACUGGGUAGGAAAUGUUCAACAUUUUAUUUACUGGUGCAUUUUCCAGAGACGUACAAAUCCAAAUUUUGAUAUAAACAGUAGAAACUUGUUAAAGAUAAAUAGUCCUGAGGACAAUCCUUAGAACCAUGCUUAACCCAACAUUUCUCAUUGUCUGAGAAACUGAGUCCUGCUUUAGUUGACUCAAUAACACUUUAAAGAGUUUCUCCAACCACCAUGACCACUUCUGCUUUUAGAAUGUGCAGCGUUUCAGCUGUCUCACCACAUACCAAUUAUUGAAGUCUUGCCCGAUACAAAUUAAUUUCCUCACCCAGUUCAACAGGACACAGAACAAUUGGGAUCAAUUUAUUCAGAUUCCUGAUCAAUUCAAAACAUCUGAUUUUGGACUUCAUUACAGAAUCUUCAAAAAGGUUUUCCCCUGGAAGAGCCAAGAUGCCAAGUCAUUACUACAGAUGUAAGACUCCAGGGUUGUGGGGCCCAUCUGGGAUCAACUUAGACAGAAGACAUUAGGCCCCCACGUGAAAAGAAAUGUCUCCGGAACCUCAGAGAACUAAGAGCCAUAAUCAAAGCUCUGAGGGAUCUCCUUCCAUGUCUAGAAGAAAGAUGGGUCCUAGUUCUUAAAUAGUCUUUACUAACUUUUAAAUUCAAUUCACUUUUUUUUUUUCUGUUGAGGUCCCACGUCGAGGGCAGAUGCAUUUCUCCACCAUUUUCUCGCUAUUUGACUGGUUUCUUAACAUGUUGCAAAAUUCAGACUAAAAUAGCCAAGUUGGUUAUAGAGACUGUUUUCAAAUCAGCUAUCCUAACCUGAAUAACCUGAAAUGUGCUGUUUGUUUUCUCAAUUCACUAUUAUUUAGUGGAAUAAUUGUAUCUAUUGUGAUUAUGACCCUAGAUGUCUUAUCUGCUGCAUACUUUCACUUUGCCGGUACAUACAUUGUUUCUCCACAAGUAUUGUAUGAAAUAUAUUCAGAAAGCUGUGUUUGUGAGUUUACCGUUCACUGAACAUGUUUAUUUAGAAGGUGUGUUUCUCUUGAGACAUAAAACUUUCGUCCAUCCUGGAUUCUGGGAAACACCCAACGUAAUGUUUGCAUUUUGGUUCAGGUGAUAAUUCCAAUGUGUCGCAGCAUUAGUGUUGGAGGGUCAAUGUAAAACACACUGAUAAAACAUGUGCUAUGUAAUAUUAAAGUAGUAUUACAACUGGGGAUUGUGGAGAAUCAGCAUGAGAAUUGCAGUAUUUAUGCUAAAAUAGCAAAACAAUUAGACCACCAGGCAUCUAUUUUGAUCUCGCCCAUUUUGCCUCAUAUUUGCCUUUCCAAUGUCAAUUCUCUGCAAUUCCCAGUUUAGUGAAUUAAAACAAACAUGAAUGAAUGAUACAAUAAUCAAUAUUUCGGGAUGUUUUUGCAGGAAGUGGCUGCACUCCAGGAGCUGAUUGCAAAUAACAACGUUAAGGUAGAGGUUGACGCUCCCAAGAAAUCCGACUUGAACGAGAGCAUUAAGCAAAUUCGCAGCGAGUACGAAAAAAUGGCAGAGCAGAACCGCGCCGACGCCGAGAAUGCCUAUAAAAGCAAGGCAAGGGGCUUCAAUUCAAUGUUUACACAAUACUGUCCAAUUAUUAUUGAUCCCUGUGUCAUUUUAGAGCCAGUUAUAGCAAUUAAACCUUUAGCAGACAGUGUAUUAUUUCCCUGCUUGUUCAUAGGUGUAACAAUCACAAUUAUUAAGCCAGCUAAGGCCAUCUAUGUUCAAACAGAGAUAAUCUUCACAUCUGGCUGUGUUGUUCCCUGGGAUGGAAACAGUUAAAGAAGCACUUUAUAUGAACAAUGAGUGGUGUGGUGUUUAGAAUGAGCCAUUACUAAUCAGUAACUGUAUCAGUAUCGGACUAAUCCCCUAAGGGUAACAUCACCCCAUAAACAUAGGAUUGUGGUCGCUCAGCUCAAAUUCAAAUAGAGUCAGGGUCAGGCUGGCAACCUAGUGAUAUUAGACUAAAAGUCCCAUCAUCCCUUGAUUAAGGUAUUGUGUAGAAAAGAGCGCAGUGAACAAUUCGAGAAAGCUGGUUUGAGCAGGAUCCUCAUUAACUAUUGUUCCUGUAACUAUUUAUUGUUACAUUUCCACCUCUUAUAAUAUUGUACAGCGCUGGGGGAUAUGUUGGUGCUAUAUAAAUACCAAUUAUAAUAAUUUAGAUUAUUUUUUUAACUUGACGGGUAAAUCGUUCGGUGGCUGCUACAUGCAUUUUGCAUUUUCCGACAUAAAGUGGCUGACCUUAGUUUAUAAUUUUAUGGGCAGAUUCUGUGCAUUGGCGUCAGCUUGUCUUCUUUCCGGGUUCUGAUUGGUUAAUACACAUCCAGCUGAGACCAAGCCUGUGAUUUCAGAUGGCUCAGUUCUGUGUGUUUAUUUUUUUCACCCACAUUACCUGCUUUCCGUAUAGUCCACAACUUAUAUAGCAGCAGUAAAAUAUGUAACGCAUUAUAUAACUUUUACAUGCAUAUUUGAAAUAUUACCUUUGUGCUACUUUCAAGUAAACACAUUUAUAUGAAAGGGUUACGCUAAGCACCAUAACACCAUAUGAUCAUUGAACAUGCCAUGAUGCACGGAGUUUCCCUGUCACUGCGUCACGUCACUGGAAGAUAUAAGAGUGUCUCUCAUCGGCAUCAUUGGAUGAAUUUUACAUUCUCGUUUGACAUUUGAGCAAACUUGCAAUCAACAAGAUUAAAAAAUAAAUACAAAAAAAGCUAACGCAGCCAAGUUAUAUUAUAAUAUAUGCUAGAGAUUUUUUUUAAUAAUAAUACAAUAUCUCAACUAUAAUAGAUGGUUCCAUCAAAUAAAACAGAUUAGUUAUACUCUUUUGUUUUGCAUAAUAAAAUUAUAUUUCUACAAAUUGCUAAUUCUGUAUAUUUUUUAUUGUGUAAUUCUGCUCAUCUCUUUAUCGUUGUAUUAAACUGCGUAUUGGCUGCUGCCGGUGCUUUGUAACUUGAUUGAUGGCUUAGGUCAGUCUGAAUUCAGCCAACAUUCAAGCUACGCACAGUGUACGACAAGGAAAAGGAUGGUUUAAGCAGUGGAUUAUAAUUUCUUUUUGGGCUUCAAAAAGAGUCAUUGGGUUAAACACUCUUUACAUUUAACCCCUUAAGGGCCAAACUUCUGGAAUAAAAGGGAAUCAUGACAUGUCACACAUGGCAUGUGUCCUUAAGGGGUUAAAUAAUGUCUUGAAAUCAAAGCACAUUAGAAAAAAACAUCAAAAUAAUAGAGAGAGAGAACUACGGAAAGAAUUAUAUUACGCAAAACAACACAACAGACCUGUGAUUUAUAAUGUAUUAUAUUAUUUUCUUAGUUUGACACCAUGUCCCAGGAAGCAAAUGUGAACACAAAGGCUCUCGAUCAGGCAAAGAACGAGGUUUCUGAGCUCCGACGACAGCUACAAGCCCUCGACAUAGAGCACCAGACGCUUCAAAAAACGGUCAUUAUUGAUAAUGCCAAGAUUCCAUAGUGUAUAACCUUUUGAUAGAUUUUGACUUUGUGGUGUAUUUUGCAGUAAUUUAUAUUUUAGAUUUAUUUGGGCAUAUCAGACACGGAUGGGUUGUAUUAUAGGAGGUUUACUCACUAAACAUUGAUCAGCAAUGGACUGAAAACGUAAUUGCAAACAUAGGCUAUAGUCACAGCUUGCCGAUAUUAGUCAGAGUUUUGCAAUUUAAUAUUCAAUUCACAACAGUUCUGGCAUUUAGUGAAUAAUAGUGAAUAAGCCUCAAUGCUGACAAAAUGUGUUCAGACAACAGAUUCAUUUAUAAACAAAAUACGUAUUUAAGACAAAAAGAAAUCAACAUGCCUUUAAGCAUUCUCAUAUUUGCAAAGAAGUUUUCCCAAUGUCUGCUGCUGCCCGAGGUUGGAUGCAUUUGAAUGAUUUAUGCAGUAGUUAAAUGAACACAUACCCUAUAGUGCUAAAAACACCAUCUAGCGCCCCUGGCAUUCAUGGACUAAUUCCCCUUCUCUAUCAUAAUGUGCGUCUUUUCUAGGAGCUCUACAUUGUUGGUGUGUCUGAGUGUAAAACAGAGCUUCACAGCAAUAAAACUGCCAAUAAUGUGUGUUUAAGCAGCAAUAAAGGUUAUACUUUGCUCUAGUGCUAAACUACAUUUCACAAACAUUAAUGGUUAUCAGUAGGUCAUUAAGUCACCUACCAUAACCUCACUGCUGGCUAUUUGGAAUAUUAGGAGGCAGACCAGGAUUAAACCUAAAAGUAACCCUAUAGGGGCCCCAGAACCCAUGAUUUGCUUCGCCCCAUUUACCAUCUCUGUAUGAAAAAUUAAGAUUUGUCCCAAAACCAGAGACCUGCCUUAAUCCUUCUCAGUAAUAAUGGGGUGGGGGAAGGGACUUAACCCUACUUUGUUAUAAUGGGGGGACUUAACCCUUCUCUGUAAUAAGAGGCUGCCCUAACAUAAUGAUAGGAAUCAAUGAGCAAUACACGCAGUCAGAAAGCAGCAGCCAUGACAGGUUAACAUGGUAUUUAUGUGAUAACUGUUAAGAGUAGUGUUAUUAGACUGUAAUGAUGUGUCCCUCCAUGUCCCAUAACAGGUUGACUCCUUAGAUCACGUUCUGAAGGACACAGAAGAUCACUAUGGCUCCAAUCUAAUGGAACUAAACCACACACUUACAGGGCUACAGGACGAGCUUGCAGCCUGCCGUUCAGACAUAGAGCGCCAAGUUCGGGAUUACGAGGCCUUGCUCAAUCUGAAAUCAAAGCUGGAGAAAGAGAUUCACGACUACCGCACUCUGCUGGAGGGAGUCGUAGACAAGUGAGAGCCGACUAUCCCAUGCAUGUCUUGUCUAAAACUAAACAAAUUUAAAAAAAACUAAAAAUCUGUAAAUCGGCUAUUUUGGUAUAAAAUGUACCAAAUGACUGAUAUUUCACAGUUUAGUGAAUUACCUCAAUAAUCUAACAUGUGGUAUUGCCACAACAAAACCAGUGAUUUUCCAGAUGUCUUUUUUGGCCCUAGGUUUGCGGUUCUUCGUUUAGAUUUUAAGCGCAUUUGGGCAGUGCCCUCUUCACCUACAGUUCCUGUAAACAUGCUCUGUUAGAAUUUAAUGUUUGUCUUGUUUGCCUAUUGUACAUCGCUGCAGAAUCUGUUGGUGCCAUUUAAUAAUUGUAAUUACCCUCUUUCUGUGUUUCAGAGAGGAUGAGCCUACAUCCUCACCAUCCGGAGGUAAAUGAAGAUCAGGGAAUCUUGGCAACAGUGGGUAUUGUUUCCUUCACUUUGUCUCUUGCAAUGUUUAUAAUUCCCGACAUGAAGAGUGAUUCUUGCAAUCUGAUACUCUAUCCUAUAAUAAUACAAUUAUAUUACAAUGUAAAGGGACACUUUAUUACACAAAAUAGUGUAGUUUGAAUUUUCUAACUUUAUUAUAAUUUGUUGCUUGAUUUCAAGGAUCAUGUUAAUGGCUGUCUCCUCUACAAAAUUACAGCUGGACCUUCACUGCACAGAUCGAUUUGUCAUUCCACUAGUUCAAAAUACACUGAACCAGCAGAGGAUUCAUACCCACAAUAUCUCUCGUUAAAGGACCACUAUAGUGCCAGGAAAACACUUGUUUUCCUGGCACUACAGUGCGGCCCCCUUCCCGCCAGGCUCUAGGGGGUGGAAGGGGUUAAACUUACCUCUUUUUCCAGUGCCGGGCAGGGAACUCUCCUCCUCCUCGGCUGAAUGCGCAUGCGCAGCAAGAGCCGUGCGCGCAUUCAGCCAGUCCAUAGGAAAGCAUUCACAAUGCUUUCCUAUGGACGCUGGCGUCUACUCACUGUGAAAAUCACAGUGAGUAGCGUGGAAGCGCCUCUAGCGGCUGUCAAUGAGACAGCCACUAGAGGCUGGAUUAACCCUAUUAUAAACAUAGCAGUUUCUCUGAAACUGCUAUGUUUAUAGAAGAAAGGGUUAAUCCUAGCUAGACCUGGCACCCAUACCACUUCAUUGAGCUGAAGUGGUCCGGGUGCCUAUAGUGGUCCUUUAAUACGACAUUAUGGUGUAGGAUCAGUCUUUUAAAGGACCACUAUAGUGCCAGGAAAACAUACUCGUUUUCCUGGCACUAUCGUGCCCUGAGGGUGCCCCCACCCUCAGGGUCCCCCUCCCACCGGGCUCUAGGGUGAGGAAGGGGUUAAACUUACCUCUUUCUCCAGCGCUGGGCGGGGAGCUCUCUGAAAAUCACAGUGAGAAGCACACAAGCGCCUCUAGCGGCUGUCAAGAGACAGCCACUAGAGGCUGGAUUAACCCUAACAUAAACAUAGCAGUUUCUCUGAAACUGCUAUGUUUAUAGAAAAAAGGGUUAACCCUAGCUGGACCUGGCACCCAGACCACUUCAUUAAGCUGAAGUGGUCUGGGUGCCUAUAGUGGUCCUUUAAGUUUCACAUAAAUAGAUAAAAAAAAAGAAUGAGUUUUCUUAGAGGGGCAAAUUAGAAAAUAAAAAUUAAAACUUACGAUUUUUAAUUUUUUUAUUUUUUUUUACAUAAAUUAUGGCUUAUUUUGCUAAACAAUAGCAACUGUGUCAUUUUCAAUCUCAGAAGGCUUUGUUUACUCUGAAAAUAAAAUCAAUAUACCUAUUUUGGCCUAAAUGAUGCAGUUCGUGUAUAUUCAGUUUCAAAAAAAUAUUGAUAUUAAAAAAACUAACAAUUACGUAUACCAGUGAAUUAUAUGUAUACACAUUUGAAAUCAGAGGAACACGAAGAUUAAAAAAAAAUAUAUACAUACUUGUGUUCCUUCUUUUUUACACUGAAUCCCCCCUUAUAAAAAUCUAAUUUAAAAUAAAUAAAUAAAUAACUUUCCAUUAAACGUACCUAUAGUCCAGUGUGGAGACAUUCUCCUCUUGGCAUUUGCUCUGUUUACUGUACGAUCCUCACGGUUGAUGAUUGUAUGGUUAGUCUGAUGCUUCUCAUAGAGAUGCACUUAAUCCAUUGCUUUCGGUGAGACGAAUUAGACGAGCUCUGCAUUGUCAUGCUGUGCACUAGUGGUGCAAAGAGUAAACACUGCUCUAUUACAUUGCCAGAGGAAAUAAAAUCGGUGCUAUGAACCAAAACCAUGCCAUUAGGAUGAAGUGGUUUUGGUGCUUAGAGUGUCCAUUUAAAUCAAAUUAUACAAUUAUGUGUGCAUGCUUAUUGCCAUAUGUUUUUUCAACUGUCCAAAUGGCACCAGAUGCAAAUCUCAGCAUCUAUAGAAUAAGCAUUUUGUAGCAACUAAAGCUGUGGAUACGUACACAUUCUUUUUAAAAGCAACAUGCCAUUAGAGAUGUUGCGAACUGUCCGCCGGCGAACAAUAGCGUGUUCGCGUUGGGCGAACAUAUCCGAUUUCCGGUCCGCCCCCUAUACGUCAUCGAGUAAACUUUGACCCGGAACCUCACAGCCAGCAGACACAUUCAGUGUCUGCUGACUGUGAGGUUCCGGGUCAAAGUUUACUCAAUGAUGACACAUUCAGUGUCUGCUGACUGUGAGGUUCCGGGUCAAAGUUUACUCAAUGAUGACACAUUCAGUGUCUGCUGACUGUGAGGUUCCGGGUCAAAGUUUACUCAAUGAUGACAUAUAGGGGGCGGACCGGAAAUCGGAUAUGUUCGCCCAACGCGAACACGCUAUAGUUCGCCGGCCGACAGUUCGCGACAUCUCUACAUGCCAUGUCUUAUAAAACAAAUAAAACCACUGUAUUGGCCCAGAACAUCCUGAUUACCAAACUGCAAUGAGAUAUACAAUGUUUAAUUACCGGUAACAGACCCAAAUAAGAGUACAACUUACACAAGCCAUCGGUAAAUUAUCAGAGAUUCUCCCAAGAAAUAACAUUGUGGAAAAUAAAAGAAUGAAUUAAACAGAAUGUGUUCUAGCCAGGUUAGACACAUUCCUGAAAACAAAAGAAUGAAUUCAACAGAAUGUGUUGUAGCCAGGUUAGACACAUUCCUGAACAUUUCCUUUCUUUUUACAAAAGUGUUACUGUCCACUUAUUGAUUGAUGUUUUACUAAAUGUUUGAAAUUUAGCUUGUGUCCAUAUCUGUUUUUUUUAUUUUUUAUAGGGAACAAGACGCAGACGAUUCAAAAGGUUUCUGUGACGAGAAAGGAAUUAGUGGACGGACAAGUGAUAUUUUCAUCUACCAGAGAAGCGGUUAGAAUCAAAUAAAUAAAUUCAAUAAAAUCCUCAAUUUCAAAUGCUAAAUAGAUCUGAGAUGUGACGGGUGGCAAAUGUGAUGGUUGUUUACUCCGCGACAGAAUUCAUUUUUCACGUCUGCGCAGACAGGCUACGUGGAGGCAAUAUUAAGAACCAUCACUCAUUAUGGAGGGAUUUCGGGUGGAUGUCUUCGUACCGAAUUUGCAAAACAUGUUGAAAUCACAUUUUCUUCAAUAAUUUCUAUAUUCCUACCUACAGAACUUUAUCACAAUUCGAUUUUUUUUAAUAAUAAAAAAGACUAAAUAUAAA